GACAGCUGUGUGGGGGAGUUGGGAGAUUAUUUUGAGUUUGUUUCCUUGAAAUGUUAUUUUUCUGAAUGUUUCUGAAUUUUUCUCUUAGAUUCUAGCUUAAUCAGUAUAUUUUGUUUUUGUGUUUUUUAGAGUAUGAGUACUAAAAUAGCUUCCUUUUCAAUGGACCUGCAUCCAGGAUAUCAAGUUUAUACAGCUCUUUAUACGAAUGUCACGAAUACGGGUCAAAUACGUAACAAGCUGAUAAAAAGCUCUAUGAAUUGUACUCUGUUGAAUUGUGCAUUGGUUCCUGGCGUAUUUCCAGUAUUGCUAGCUUGUAACAAAGCUGUACGUGCGUGUAAAACAUCAUCCAUGAAGACACGAACAUUGCGAACUGAAAUCUUAUUCAAUUUGUCGCCAAGCAAUAGUAUUAAUGGUUCUUUGAAAACAUUUCGUUUAGAAGAUUCAGACCGAAGUAUAUUGUUUGUAUUUAUUACCGACAAUGAGUCAUCGCUUAAAGAGUUUAAAGAUAUGUUAACAGAAGUAAAGGGCGAAGCCGUGAUUACAGAUGAAAUAGCUAAUUUAUGCGACAUGUCGAAAAUCAAAUCCUUGUAUAAAGUUACGGAAGACGAGCUGUGUUUAGGAAGCAUAUCAGAUUCUGUGUCCAUGCGAGUAGCUACUAAGGAUGCUUUUUAGAUGCAUCUCUAUGUUAGAUGUUUUUUCUGCACAGCAAUAAAAAAAUUGAUUUCUGCC